GGCUUCACGGCAGAGUGUUAACGUUAGCUUCUAGCCAUAGAGGCCUGGCUGGAUGUGAGUACAAAAGACGUUUUACACUGCCUCGGUUUUUUUUUCAGAAGCACAUCACAAACAUAAUUCUGACUGUGAACAAUGUAUCCCUCCUGGGGAAAUUAUGGGGCACCGCCGGCGCAAAGCUAUGGAGGUUCUGGGCCUCGUAAGCAACCUAGUGUCGGCCACGCCGGCCCGCCGGCACCAGGGUUCGGCGGGUUCGAGGCCUCAUCCAGCGGCUCGAUGUUAUCCAGCCUACAGGAGCAACACCUUCAGCAGAUGCAGCAACUGCAGAUGCUGCACCAGAAACAGCUCCAGUCUGUGUUACACCACGGCAGCAACCCUAACGCUAAUUCGUACGGUGGUGCACAAGGUGGAUAUCCGGGGUCUUCAUGGCAUUCAGAAGGAGCAGGGCAUUCAGACAGUGGGGCUGGAGCUCAUUCAUACUUUAAAGAAGACGAGACACCUUCUCCGCCGAGCAGAGUUCCCCUCGCUCCUCAAGCGGGUCAACCACCACCUCCCCCUCCCCCUCCCCCGCAACCGCAGCCCACCGAUCCCCAACCGGGUCCUCCCCCUCCAGAGCCCCCCUCAUCCAAGCCACUGGAGAACAACGGUGCUCCCAAAGCUAAAGAAGCCUUCAAGAAAGAUCCACCCACGACAGAGGACGACAAAUCCUUACAUUUGCAGGAGCAACAGCAACUUUGGUACAAACAACAUCUUCAGAAUCUACAGAAGUUAAAGCAAGAGAAAGCCAGGCAGAAUCAGAACGAGGGCGAUGGUCCUCCGCAGCCCCAAUCCCAAGGUCCUCCUCUUCCUCCAUCAGAACCACCAAAAGGUGCACCUCCUCCACCCCCUCCAAAAGAGGAGCCCCCAGCACCACCUCCACCGCCCGAUGAGGCAAAGCCUGAGGUCGCACAAGACGCAGAGGAAGCUGCCCGCCUCCAGCAGUUACAGGCUGCAGCAGCACAGUGGCAAAAGGUGCAGCAACAGAGAACAGGCUUGCAAUACCAAGCUCUCAUGCAACAACACGAAAAGCUUCAGCAGAUCCUGGAACAGUACCAACAGCUGAUUCAGCAACCAUCAAACCUACAGUCAAUGUCUGCUGAAAUGCAGCUGAGGCACUACGAAAUGCAGCAGCAGCAGUUUACCCCUUUAUUCCAAAACUGGGAUUGCUCCUUCGUCCUGUGGUAUGAGCAGUUUCAGACCUAUCCCCACAAAGACCAACUGCAGGACUAUGAGCGCCAAUGGAAGCAGUGGCAGGAACAGAUGAACGCCACCAAUGACCACCUUCAAGAAAGGGUGGCCACUCUCACUGCCAUGGUGCCGUUUGCCUCAAGCCAGUAUAGUAGUGGUAUGAUGGGACAGUUUGGUCAGUACCCUGGACAAGACAUUCAAAUGCAGCAGCAGUCCGCUAACCUGGGUAUGCAGCAUUCCCCAGUUGGUGUAAGUCCCAACUCUCAAGGUCCACGGUCCGCUGGGUUUGGGCCACAUUCAGAAUCACCUGCUGGACCCCCUGUAAGAGGAGUGGGCCCUGCUGGCAUAGGAGUUAGACCUCCAGGUCCUCCCACCAUUCAGCCACCAAGCAUCAACAGCUUCAGAGGUCCACGUCCUGCUGCUCCCAGCGGAGACAACCCUAGAUUUGACCAGCCGAAGCAAGGUUUUGAUGGUCCUCAGAGAUUUGAUCAGCAACAGCAGCGCUUUGAUAUUCCCCCAAGGUUCGACCACCAACCACAGCAGCGCUAUGAUGGCCCCCCAAGGUUUGACCGAUCAAAGCAGCGUUUUGAUACCCCCCCAAGGUUUGACCAACCACAGCAGCGAUUUGAUGCCCCCCCAAGGUUCAACCAACCACAGCAACGCUUUGAUGGCCCUCCUCGAUUUGAACAACCAAGAAAUCGUUUUGAUGGUCCCCCUAGAUUUGAGCAACCAAGGCACCGCUUUGAUGGUCCCACCAGAUUUGACCAAACUGGAUUUGGGCUGCAACCUAGGUUUGAACAGCCCCCAAGGCUCAGUGAAUGUCCACCUGUGCCCCAGCCAAAACAACCACAAGGCCCCCAACCUAAGGCACAACCAGUCACUAAACAACCUGCCAGUAUGGAUUCUAAGAUGUCUGGAAAGUCAGCCGGGCAGCCACAAUCUGAAAAAGAAAAAGGAGAAUCAGAACCAGGUGAUAAAGCCAAUGCUGAAGACUUGACAGAUGACAAUUUGCUUGGAACAGAUGGCUUUUUUGUCCAAAAUGACCCCAUUCCCCAGACAAUAAAAAAACCCACAGAGCCUGAGGAAUCUGAAGGCAAUAAUGUUUCUAACAACAGUGAGAUAAACAAAUCUAGUAAUGGCAAGCCUUCCGUAACGGCUCCUUCUACUGUGGCGUCAAAAAAUACUCCUGCACAAAGUCUUGUUACACAAAAUCUUGUCCCACCAGAUAGACCAUUGAUAAACAACAAACCCCCACUGGUUCCAACGCCCUCUGGAAUCCAACAGGAGCCACAAGUUUCUGGCCAUUUGCAGUCGAGACCCGAUCCUCCAAGGCUUCCCCCUGGGAGGGGACGAGGCCAGCCACCAGUACCUGCCCAAGUGCAUGGACGUGGACGUGGGCAGAGGGGCAGGGGAGCGUUCACGGGACCGAACACUGUACCACUUGGGGAGAAGAUGGGAGAAACGUCUUAUGAGUACAUGCCACCUGAAGAAAACUUGGGAAUGCCAGAAGAGCAGGAAGAGUAUCAAUGGCAAGAUCCUUCGUACGAGCAGUGUGUUGGUGAGGAUUCGGAGGUGCCCCCUGAAGAAAUGUGGAUGCCAGACGGACAUCAUUUUUCAACAGAGGAAGAUUAUUACGAAGAGCCAAUGGUAGGACCACCUAUGGGGAGAGGAGGGCCCCCAAUAAUGAGAGGAGGGCCUCAUAUGGUAAGAGGAGGGCCAACUAUGAGCAGAGGUGGUCCUCCUAUGGGAAGGGGGCCGCCAAUGGGUAGAGGGGGGCCGCCAAUGGGUAGAGGAGGGCCGCACAUGGGUAGAGGGGGGCCGCCAAUGAGUAGAGGGGGGCCACCUAUGGGGAGAGGAGGGCCACCUAUGGGAAGAGGGGGACCUCCUUUUGGGAGAGGGGGACCACCUAUGGGAAGAGGGGGUCCUCCUAUGGGAAGAGGGGGACCCCCUAUGUCAAGAGGAGGACAUCCCAUGGGAAGAGGCGGACCACCUAUGGGAAGAGGAGAGCCAAUGGACAGGCACUGGGAAGAGCCUGAGUCAGAAGAGUACUCAGAAGAAGGGGAUCCUUACUGGGGAGAAAGGAGACCUCCAAUUAGAGGCAUGAGACCUCCAUUUCCACAUCCCCGGGGUCGUCCCCCACCUGGUCAUCCUGGUUUCAUGCACCAGGGACGAGGAAGGCCCCCUCAUCCAGCACGUGGCCCAAUGGAUCACGAGUCAUUAGGUCAUGAAAUGGACAUCAAUGAUACCGAAAUGGAUCCAGAAAUGGACGGCAUGUACCAUGGACAUGACCCUCAUAGCCGUCCGAUGCAUCCUGAUAUAAGCAGAGGCAGGCGUCGUGUGCCACAACCACCUCAGGAAAUUAUGGAUCCUAUGGAGGAGCCAUCGUAUGAUGAAGGCAUGGAAAGAGAAAUAGGAUGGCAACCGCCACAUGGCCGAGGCCCUCCUCUGCCUCCGCAUGAGAUAAUAGGUAUGGAAGGAAUGAGGAGGAGACCUAUGGGUCGAGGGAUGGCAAGAGGCAUGUGGCGGCCAGGUCCAACACACGAGGAAUAUGAAGAGAGACGCGAGGGUUUUGUGGAGGAUUAUGGUCAUGGGGAAGACGGGUAUCGCUGGCGGCCACCACAGGACUAUCCUCCUGAUGACUAUCGGCAUGAAGCCAAGUACUAUGAGUCUGAAUGGGAGAGAGAGCGUGCUCCUCCUGGAAGGGAUUAUCCCCCCCGCAUGCCACCACCAGAGCCCUACAGAGAUGGCCAUUGGCUAGAGGAAAGAGAAAGAGGCCGGCCAUAUUCUUAUGAUGAGCAUGACAGGGGAAGAGGAGAACUUAUAAUUCGUGAAUAUAGGGAUGAGCCACCCCAUCGGCAAGAGGAGCCACCAUACCCAUCACCUUCGGAAUGGGAUAGGCCUUCAAGACUUCUUCCACCACAAGAUAGAGGGUAUCCCUCUGACUAUGAAGAGCAUAGAGCUCGCUAUGAAGAGCACAGGAAGGAGCCACCUUUGGAUAUACGUCCACCUAUAUCUCCUGCUGCACCUGUCUCAAACUUGCCAGAGAGCUCAGUUGAUCCUGCAUCACAAGGAACUAGUGCUGCAAAUGUGCUUGCUCUCUCCCAACGUCAGCAUGAAAUCAUCCUGAAAGCUGCUCAAGAGCUUAAAUUUAUAAGGGAAUUACAGGAGGCAAAGCCACCUGGUCCUGAGCCUCAGCCUGCACCAACUGACAUCCUGUCCGAGCUUCCUGCUGGUCUUCUUGGUUUGGAGAUCCCAGCAGAUGUUAGGAAUGUUCUAAAAGGCAUGACUGCAGCAGCACAGACACCUGUAACCGAAUCUGUGUCUUGGGAUACUAAACCUGCUGCCACAGAUUACCAGCCAUCUCUCCUUGCAUCCAAACCUUCAGUGAUUCCAAAGACUGUGGAUUAUGGGCAUGGUCACGAACCUGGAGCCACGGUUGAGCGGAUCUCUUAUGGUGAGAGAAUUUUGUUGAGGCCUGACCCAGUGCCGUCUGACAGGGGCUAUGAAAAAGAACCUCUUGGUCCCAGAGAUCCUUACAGCCGAGACCCAUAUUAUGAAAGACGACUGGACCCUUACAUGGACCGCCGGGAGUACAGCAGAGAGAGGGAAUUAUACAGAGAAAAGCUGCCACCUGAAUAUGAAAGGGAAAGAUAUGAGAGGGAGCGCUAUCCCCUACGAGAAAGAGAUGACAGCACACAGUCCAUGGUUGAAGAAAGAUCUCCACUGGCCCCUUCCUCACGCUCAGGAUACAGGGAGAGAGAGCGGGAUCUUCGAGAGAGGGAGCGAAGUGACAGUCGUGAUCGAGAAGAACAUUAUGGAAGGCCUGGCUAUGAUAGACCUCGAAACGAGCGCAUUGGACUCGACCGCAGUGUGCCUGAGCUUUACAGUCAUAGCUCCUCACCUUACGUAGAAAGAAGAAGUUAUCCAGAGGACCGAGGACCUCCCACUGCACCACCCCUCCCACCUCCACCCCAGCCACCCCCACGAGUCGAGAAGAAGCCAGAAAUCAAGAAUAUUGACGAUAUCCUCAAACCCCCUGGCAGAUCGUCUCGCCCUGAAAGGAUUGUCAUCAUAAUGAGAGGGCUUCCAGGAAGUGGAAAAAGCCAUGUUGCUAAGCUCAUAAGGGACAAGGAAGUCGAUUGUGGCGGUGCUCCUCCAAGAGUUCUCGUUUUGGACGAUUAUUUCAUGACUGAGGUUGAGAAAGUAGAGAAAGACCCAGACACGGGGAGAAGAGUCAAAACCAAGGUCCUUGAGUAUGAGUAUGAGCCAGAGAUGGAAGAUACCUACCGGAACAGCAUGCUUAAAACGUUCAAGAAAACUCUGGAUGAUGGCUUUUUCCCCUUCAUCAUUUUAGACACUAUUAAUGACAGGGUUAAACAUUUUGAUCAAUUCUGGAGCGCAGCCAAAACGAAAGGCUUUGAGGUUUAUCUUGCUGAAAUCACUGCAGACACUCAGACUUGUGCAAAGAGAAAUGUCCAUGGGCGCACGCUUAAGGAUAUAAUGAAGAUGUCCAACAACUGGGAGUCUUCACCCCGUCAUAUGGUGCGCUUGGAUGUCCGGUCCCUGCUACAGGAUGCUGCUAUAGAAGAGGUUGAAAUGGAAGACUUCAAUCCUGAUGACGAGCCUAAGGAGCUGAAGAGAGAGGAGGAAGAAGAGGGUGAUCUGGGCUACAUUCCAAAAAGCAAAUGGGAGAUGGACACAUCUGAGGCAAAGCUUGACAAGUUGGACGGUUUGGGGAGCGGUGGGAAGAGGAAGCGUGAAGACAUGGCAGACCUGGAGGACUACCUUCAGCUGCCAGACGACUAUGCCACGCGCAUGUCUGAACCGGGAAAGAAAAGGGUUCGAUGGGCUGAUCUCGAAGAGCAGAAGGAAGCAGAUCGAAAGCGCGCUAUCGGCUUUGUGGUGGGGCAGACAGACUGGGAGAGAAUCACGGAUGAGAGCGGGCAGCUGGCACAAAGAGCUCUCAACCGUACCAAGUAUUUCUAAGAAGAUAAUCUGUUCCCCCUUUUUCCCGUCAUGUAAAGGUUUCCAGAAUGUGAAAACACUGAAGCGUACUUGUGGUGAAACAAGAGACUCUUCAAGGUGGCGACAUCAUCAAUAGUUAUUAAAUUCUUAGUUAUUUCAUUGAUGAUGAUAGUCUAUUUUUUAUUUUUAAACUAGCUUCCUGGUUAUUCACUGAUCAAUUUGUAGUUUAUAACUGUGCUUCUUCUGGUCACAUAUUCUGUAAUCAGUCAUAUUUCUUGCUGUUUUAUACUCUUCAUGCUUUCUGUACUGUUUACCUGUAGAACUGUUUCUUGGUCCAUGCAUACUUAAAAAACACAAUAAAGCUUUGACAAAAUGA